AUGACGGGAGGAUCGAAAUUCAAGGUUUCGAAAUUUGAUGGUCAUGGCAAUUUCAGAUUAUGGCAGACGAGAGUAAAAGAUUUAUUGGCGCAACAAGGAAUUCAGAAAGGGUUGCAUGCAAAAAAGCCUAAGGGGAUGGAAGACAAUGAUUGGCAAGAUCUGCAGGAACGGGCGGCCGGGACGAUUCGGUUGUGCCUUGCAGAUGAAGUUAUGUAUCACGCUAUGCAUCUCAAAUCGGCGGAUGAGAUCUGGAAGAAACUGGAAUCGCAGUUUAUGUCGAAAACCCUAACGAUAAAACUAUAUCUGAAGCAGAGGUUAUAUGAGCUGAAGAUGCAGGAGGGGACCGAUUUAGGGCAACAUGUGAAUAUCUUCAAUCAGGUUGUCACGGAUUUGGCUUCACUCGAAGUCAAGAUUGAAGAUGAAGACAAGGAGAUGAUUUUACUGUGCACAUUAUUACUUGGUUUAAGCACGGCAUUAGCAUCAUGGCACUCAUCAAUCGCGUAA